AUGGCGACGUGUGCGUGUGCGCGGCCCGCGACCCACCCGGGGGCCCCCGCUGCCUGCAGCGCCGUGCACUUGCAAGAGACUGUAGAAAAACUUCACAAGUUAUGGAAUUUGGAGUCAACAGAACAAGAGAGGAUACACUUCUCUGAAGUAGCUGCUGUUCUUGGAUCUACUGAGGAAGAAAUCAAUUCUCCAGGCAUUUUGUCAUUGGAGACAAUUCAGGAGGAAGUCGAAAGGCUAACUAUACAAAAAGCUAGUAGAAUGAAGGAGCUUGUUCUCAAGAAAAGACUGCCAUCUCAGGUGACACCAGUUCAAAAACUGGAACUCCAAAGUGAAGACUGCAUGGAGCAAGGUGUUGAAGAAAAAACUCUGUUUGACCUCAAACAGAUAGAUCCUUUGACUGACAAGAAAAAGAGCAAUGCUGCUACAGAGCUUGCAGAGUUUGCAGCUCCAGAAUAA